AUGGCAACUCAAAAGCCCGGGGAAUGGGUGCAGUCGCUUAUUACACGUUUCGAUCUAAAGCUACCUAUCAAGUCAGGUCCACACACUACUCAGUCAAUGCAGAAUAUUGAACAGAAUAAAGAAUGUUUGAUAAAUGUUAGCAAACAUAAGUUCUCUCUAGUCAUAAAUGGACUUACCAAAACUCUUCAGUCAGUUGCUCAAAUGGUGAAUCCUAAACUAUUUCUACUUUCAUUUUGUAUCUUUCAGAAAUUGAACUGUCCUGAGGCAGAAAGAAAUUAUUUUGAGUCACAACUGAUUAUAUUAGAUACACUCAAAGAUGUUCUUAAUUCUCAACCAAAAGAUACCUCAAGAUAUGAUGAAGCCAUGUAUGUCAAAUUGUUACUGCCAGAAAUUUGUAAGUUUUUAAAUCACCCCAUGGAGAGUUGUUUGUUAGUUAGUCAGCUGAAGAAUUUAGCUUCAGAAGUUCUGUUUGCUCUCAGUUUGAAUAAUUUUACAGCUGUGUUUAAUCGAAUAUCAGCAAGAUUAACAGCAUUACAGAAUCCAAGUGAUGACCAAUCAGAUUUAUCCGAUCUAGAACUAAUACAACAUAUGAAUAUGGAUAUAGCUAGAUUGACUAAAUUACUCAAUGAGGUAUCCAAAUUUCGUAACUUAAAAACCAAGCCAGUUGCUAUUACUCUUAGUCAAAACUUAGAGAAGGCUAUUUGGAAUUGGAUGGAUAACUACCCAACAGAAUUUACUGAAUUACAGAAGAGACCAAACGAAGAAUUACAGGAAUGCUGUGAUAAAUUAUUUGAACAGUUUAAUAAUGCUGAAGCUUCGAACAGAAAGAAAGCAUCAAUAUGGCCUUUACAGAUGAUGUUAUUAAUACUGUGUCCUAAAAUCUUAGAAGAAAUUAAUAAUGCUGAUACAGGAGCACCAUGUUCUCAACAACAUAUCCGUAAGAAACAGUUUAUAGAUGAAGUGAAGAAAGCUAUAGCCUCACACCAUGGUUAUAAACCACUGACAGAAGGAGCUGCUGUAACUUGUGUUAGAUUGUGUAAAUCCUCCACUUAUAUCAGCAUUAAUGAUAGACUUAAUGUACUCUUUACCCUGGUACAAUCUGUUAUACAAGAUUUAAAGACGUUGCUGUUUAACCCCCCACCAAACUGUAAACCAUUCACCAAAUUCUCCCAAAGUUUAGUUGGUCAAGACUAUGACUUGUAUAUAGAUUGUUUUGUAUCAUGUUUCCGUAUAACACCUCACAAUAAUGAUGUGUUAAAAGUCUGUUUAAAUACCAAUUCUAAUCCGCUGUAUCAUUAUGUACUUGUUAAUGCUCUUCACAGAAUUAUCACAGAGACACGUUUACCCUGGUGGCCUGAUAUCAGUUUAAUCUAUGGUAAAGCAGGAGAAUUAAGACAUAUGUUUACUGAUACAGUUAAUAAAGUAACUCAAGGUUUUAGUAGCCAUUGUACAACAAAAUCUUCCACGUCUGUAACAAGUUCCUUCAAGAUGACAAAAACAGCUGAUGAAACUUUAAAUAAUUAUAAACAUAUAUUGUUAUGGAUAGUAAAGUUAAUACAUGCUGAUCCUAAUCUUAUGUUACAUAAUCAAGGUAAACCUGGUCAUGAAAUACAGAGAAGUACACUAGAACUGAUAACAGGUUUAGUAUCAUUGGUUCAUCAACCCUGGAUGACAGAUGUAGCACAGAAAGCUAUGAAGGCUUUAUUGUGUUUACAUAGACCAGAGAAUAUAGAAUUAUGGAAUCCUGAAGCUCCAAUGAAUACCUUCUGGGAUAUCAGUUCUCAAGUACUGUUCUAUAUCAGUCAAAGACUAAUUCAACAUCAAAUAGUCAACUAUACUGAUAUACUGAAAUGGUUGCGUGAUAUUUUAGUAUGUCGUAAUAGAUUCUUACAGAAACAUAGUACUAUAGCUAAUGUUGGUAGUAACAAACAAAUCUGUAUUCAGGCCCAUAUUAAACUUGAGGUUGUAUUCUUUAUGUAUUUAUGGAGUUUUGAGAUAGAUGCUGUAUUAACAGCUAUGUCUUGUUUUCGGUUGCUAUGUGAGGAAGCUGAUAUAAGAUGUGGAGCUGAUGAGAUGGCUGUCACCCAGUUAUUACCUAAUUAUAAUGUUUAUUCUGAAUUAGCUGCCACUAGUACAGUCCUACCUACAGGUCGUGCUGCUCUACAGAAAAGAAUUAUGGCGCUAUUAAGAAAAAUAGAAGUUUCUACUUCUGGUAAUUCACAGGCUUGGGAAGAUACGUAUAGAAAUUGGGAGAAUGUAACCAGACAUAUUGAGUCAUCACCUAAGAAGUUUGAAGAAGGAGGUAGAGAAAUAGCUGAUCUAAUGAGAUUAAAACGUAAAACAACUCAUCAUUCUUAUACUGAACUAGAAUUAGAGGAUCAGUUAAAUGAAUGGGCCAAUAUGACAGGAUUUUUAUGUGCUUUAGGAAGUGUUAGAUUACAGAAUAAAACACCAAAAGUCAGUACAUCAUCAGCUGGUAUAUUAGAAUCAGGUAGAAAGAGUAGUAUAAUGCAGACAGUACAAACUGAACAAUACUGUCCUGUUACUCAAUUCAUUGGUUAUCUGUUAAAACUAUUGGUAUUUCAAAAUGAGAAGAUAGGAGCACCUAUACAGAAACAUGUCAAAGAAUUAGUGGGUCAUGAAUUGAACCCUGCUCUAUAUCCUAUAUUAUUUGAACAAACCAAAGUUUGUGUUGAUAAAUAUUUUGACUCUGGGGGACAGGUAAUAGUAACCGAGAUGAAUACCCAGUGUAUAGUCAAUGUUAUAUUUAUAUUAAAAAGUAUAUUAGAAAUGAAAGGAGAUCAGCCAUGUGAAUAUCUUGGUGUUACCAGUAUUGAAUCUUUAAUGUUAGCUAUUGUCAGAUAUGUGCGAAACCUUGAUUCCUCAGUACAUGCUAUACCAAUCAAAACAAGACUGUGUCAACUAGUAGGGGUGAUGAUGAAGAGAAGAGAUGAACUGACGUUUCGUCAAGAGAUGAAGUUUCGUAAUAAACUAGUAGAAUAUUUAACAGAUUGGAUUAUGGGUAAUUCACAUCAAGUCAAUAUACAGGGUGAUAUCUGUAGCUUAUCAAGAGAGUUAGAUCAAGCCAGUAUGGAAGCUGUAGCAGCAUUAUUAGCUGGUUUACCAUUACAACCUGAAGAAAGUGAUAGAGGAGACUUAAUGGAGGCUAAAUCUCAACUCUUCUUAAAAUAUUUAACACUAUUUAUGAACCUGUUAAAUGAUUGUUCAGAAGAAGAACAAGAUAAAGCUCUAGAUCCUCAUAGAAAGAGAAGCAUGUCUAAUUUAUCUGUAUUAAGAAAUUGUACUGUACAGGCUAUGUCCAAUUUACUCAAUGCUAAUAUAGAUAGUGGCCUCAUGCAUUCUAUUGCUUUAGGAUACCAUAAAGAUCCUCAGACUAGAGCAGCCUUUAUGGAAGUUUUAACCAAGAUUUUACAACAAGGAACAGAGUUUGAGACAUUAGCUGAGACAGCUCUAGCUGAUAGGUUUGAGAGAUUGGUAGAGUUGGUCACUAUGAUUGGUGAUAAAGGUGAACUACCCAUAGCUAUGGCACUAGCAACAGUUGUUUCUAACUCACAAAUGGAUGAAUUAGCUCGAGUAUUUGUUAAUCUAUUUGAUGCUAAAAGAUUGUUGUAUCAGUUACUAUGGAAUAUGUUUAUGAAAGAGGUUGAAAUAGCUGAUUGUAUGCAGACAUUAUUUCGAGGUAAUAGUUUAGCCAGUAAAAUUAUGGCGUACUGUUUUCGCUUUUAUGGUCAGACUUAUUUACGAGAACUUCUUCAACCACUGAUAUUAGAAAUGUUUAGAAUGGAUGCUGAGAAUAGAACCAUGUAUGAAAUAGAUCCUGCAAGGCUAGAAAGUGGUGAAAAUAUAGAAGACAAUAAAAUGAACCUGUUGAAUAUUACACAGAAAGUCUUUAAUGCUAUUGUUGAAUCAGCACCAAAGUUUCCACCUAAAUUAAGAAGUAUGUGUCACACACUGUAUCAGGUUGUAACUCAAAGAUUCCAACAAAGUAGUGCUGACAGUGUGUGGACUGUUAUAGGCACUGUCAUAUUUUUACGGUUCAUCAAUCCUGCAAUAGUUUCACCAUAUGAAUCUGGUAUUGUUGAAGAAGAACCAACAUCUCGUAUGAAGAGAGGGUUAACAUUAAUGUGUAAAAUCAUGCAGAAUAUUGCCAAUCAUUUACUCUUUACCAAAGAACAACACAUGCCAGCUUUUAAUGAGUUUUUGAAAAGUAAUUUUGAUGCUGGUAGAAGAUUCUUUACAGAGAUAGCAUCUGAUUGUGAAACCUUGGAUACUGGAAAUCACAGUCUAUCAUUCAUCAAUGAUGCUAAUGUCUUGGCGCUUCAUAGACUGUUAUGGAAUAAUCAGGAAAAGAUUGGAGAUUACUUAUCAAGUAGCAGAGAUCAUAAAGCAGUUGGAAGAAGACCUUUUGAUAAAAUGGCUACUUUGUUGGCUUACCUUGGACCUCCUGAACACAGACCUUUAGAUUCUCAAUGGAGCAGUAUGGAUAUGACCAGUACUAAAUUUGAAGAAAUCAUGUCAAAACACAACAUGCACGAGAAAGAUGAGUUUAAAUCAUUGAAGAAUUUACAUAUAUUUUAUCAAGCUGGGACAAGUAAAUCUGGAAACCCUGUAUUUUAUUAUAUUGCCAGAAGAUAUAAAGUUGGUGAAAUUAAUGGUGAUUUGUUAAUCUAUCAUGUCUUGUUAACAUUGAAACCAUUUGUACACAAACCAUUUGAAUUGGUGUUGGAUUUUACUCAUACUUGUGCUGAAAACAGAUUUAGGACUGAGUUCCUAUCGAAAUGGUUUGUUGUUAUGCCUGAAAGUGUCUAUCAGAAUAUUGUAGCAGCCUAUAUUUAUAACUGUAAUUCCUGGGUCAGAGAAUAUACCAAAUAUCAUGACAGAAUACUCAAUCCUUUAAGGAAUAAUCGAAAGUUGAUAUUUAUUGAUCACCCAGCUAAACUACAGGAAUAUGUUGAUGUUGAUCAUCAGAAGCUUCCAGGACCUACAGUAGCUCUGGAAGAAGAUCUGAGAGUCUUUAACAAUGCUUUAAAAUUAUCACAUAAAGACACCAAAGUAGCUAUCAAGGUUGGUCCAAAUGCUAUCCAAGUAACAUCUUCAGAGAAAAGUCGUGUUUUAAAUCACAAUGUAUUAUUAAAUGAUGUAUAUUAUGCUGCUGAAAUAGAAGAGGUUUGCCUUGUAGAUGAUAAUCAGUUUACUCUAACUAUAGCUAAUGAGAGUGGACCUCUAUCAUUUAUACAUAAUGAUUGUGAUAAUAUUGUACAAGCUAUAAUACAUAUAAGAACCAGAUGGGAGCUAUCACAACCUGACACAGUUACUGUACAUACUAAAAUACGACCUAAAGAUGUACCUGGUACACUUCUUAAUGUGGCAUUGUUAAAUUUGGGUAGUUCAGACCCCAGUUUAAGAUCGGCUGCUUACAAUCUUCUCUGUGCUUUAACUCAAACUUUUGAUUUAAAAAUCGAUGGACAACUCCUGGAGACCAAUGGUCUGUGUAUUCCUGCUAAUAACACUAUAUUUAUCAAAUCUAUCAGUAUCAAAUUAGCUGAAAAAGAACCACAUUUAACACUAGAGUUUCUGGAAGAAUGUAUUCAAGGUUUUGGUAAUUCUAAUAUUGAGAUGAAACAUUUAUGUUUAGAAUAUAUAACUCCAUGGUUACCCAAUUUAACUAGGUUCUGUAAACAUAAUGAUGAGAAUAAACGACAGAAAGUAGCCUUGAUUUUAGAUAAAUUAAUUACCAUGACCAUUGAAGAAGAUGAGAUGUAUCCUUCAAUACAAGCCAAGAUAUGGGGUAAUAUUGGUCAGAUAGGUGAUCUAUUAGACAUGGUUUUAGACAGUUUUAUAAAGAGAAGUGUUACAGGAGGUUUAGGAUCAAUACAAGCUGAAAUCAUGGCUGAUACAGCAGUAGCACUAACUUCAGCUAAUGUAUUACUGGUAUCAAGAAAAGUAAUUGGUAGAUUGUGUCGGUUAAUUGACAAGACAUGUACAUCACCAACUCAUACAUUAGAACAACAUUUAAUGUGGGAUGAUAUUGCUAUAUUGGCCCGUUAUCUACUUAUGUUAUCAUUUAAUAAUUCACUUGAUGUGGCUAGUCAUUUACCAUUUUUAUUCCACAUUGUAACAUUAUUAGUAUCUACUGGUCCAUUAUCAUUACGUGCUUCAACUCAUGGUCUAGUCAUCAAUAUGAUACAUUCAUUAUGUACUUGUGCUAUUCUACACUUUAAUGAGGGCACACUUCAAGUUUUAAAACUGAGUUUAGCUGAGUUCUCUUUACCUAAAUUUUACCAGUUAUUUGGUAUCAGUAAAGUCAAAUCAGCUGCUGUGAGUGCUUUCAGAACAAGUUAUCGUCCUGGUGACAGAUCUUUUACUAUGGCACCACCAGAAAAUGAAAAGAUGCAUCUGAGUUCUCUGGAGGCUAUCUCGGAUGCUUUAUUAGAGAUAAUGGAGGCUUGUAUGAAGGACAUACCACAAUGUGAUUGGCUCCAGCAGUGGACUGAUUUGGCCAAAAGAUUUGCAUUCCAGUAUAAUCCAGCUUUACAACCAAGAGCUAUUAUUGUAUUAGGUUGUAUUAGUAAAUCUGUAACAGAUUCUGAAAUUAAACAGUUAUUAAAAAUUAUGAUGAAAGCUUUAGAAUCAUAUACUGAUUUAAUAUUAAUAGAAUCAGUUGUUAUGUGUUUAACUCGACUACAACCUCUCUUACGGUCUGAAUCACCAAUUCACAAGUUUUUAUUCUGGGUAGCUAUAUCAGUUUUACAGUUAGAUGAGGUAUCAUUAUACGCAGCAGGUUUAUCAUUAUUAGAACAAAAUCUUCAUACAUUGGAUAAUAUAGGUUUAUUUGAACAUGAGGUAGAAGAGUGUGUUAUGAGUGUAAGAGAUCCAUUAGAGUGGCAUUUUAAACAGUUAGAUCAUGACAUGGGACUUAGUUUUACUAAUUACUUUAAUUUUGCUUUGGUUGGACAUCUACUCAAAGGGUUUCGUCAUCCAUCAGGUACAACUGUGUCUCGUACAAUACGUGUUCUUCAUCAGCUUUUAAAUAUUACUGUCAAACAUACCAAUAGAGAUAAAUUUGUUGUUACAAUUCAUACAGUACCUUAUCUAGCAGGUCUAGUUUCGGUUUCGGAAGAAGUUAGAAGUCGAUGUCACCUCAAACAUCGAACACCAAAUUACAUGAUCUCAGAAUCCACAUCUAGUGACAGUCUUAAUGCAGAGGUAAAUAACAUGAAUCAAGGUAGUUCUCCUGUUACCCCACCACCAACUGCCACCUUACCACCACCCUCGGGCACACCACGACGACAGAAAAGUUGUGAUCUUUUAGACCAAAGUGCAAUGAAUGCAGCCAAAUUACAGAAAAGCCAAGUGAAUCAGUACUCGGAACCAAAUUCCCGACCGCCAUUUAAACAUCGGAGUAGUUCGGUUCCUACACCAGGCAGUAAGAAGAUCGAUUCAGUCAAAGUUAUUCCUCAACCAAGAAGUGGACGUAGUUCUGUAUCCAAUGAAAACAAUGUUUUAUUAGAUCCUGAUAUUUUAAAUGAUUAUCCUACACAAGCUUUAGUUUUAACUGUUUUGGCUACAUUAGUAAGAAAUACGACUGAUGAAAAUGAAACUAGAAUAUUAUAUGAAUAUUUAGCUGAAGCUUCUGUUGUAUUCCCUAAAGUUUUUCCUGUCAUACAUAGUUUAUUAGAUGCUAAAAUAAACAGUGUAUUAUCAUUAAGUCAUGAUCAAGCUAUAUUAAAUGCUGUACAGAGUAUUAUACAAAAUAUGAUAGCUUGUGAAGAUUCUAGAGAGUCCCUUACUUAUUUACAAAGUAUUGGUUUUGGUGGGUUAUGGAGAUUUGCUGGAACAUUCACAAAGAAUGCUGGUGGAAGUGAUACACCACAGUUAUUUGUCAACUGUUUGGAGAAGGCCAUGAUGGUAGAAUCCUGUCUCCCUGGUGAUGACCUUGACAUUCACAAUCCAUAUCCUAGUAAUCUUGGAAUCUCAUCCAAUCUAAACCUAUCUAGUUCCAUGUCGAGUCUUAGUGUGAGUAGCAUGCAUUCCCCAACAGAUAAAGACAAUCACAACUUAGACAAAAAUCUCAAUGGAAAUCGCAUGCGUCAUUCUUCGGCUAACAACUUGCCACCUAAAAAUCGUGCUGGGAGCUUUAAGCAGAAAGAAAAGAGAAAGUUAGUGGAGCAGAAUGAAUAA